CGAGAAGCCGAGCGUACGCGAGCGAGGGCUGCAUGGAAUAUGAUAAAAAUAUUUAAUGAGCUACUUCCAUUGAACGAUCCUGGUAGGGAGCGCCCAUUUGAUGACACAGGGCCUCCCAGUCUUUAGACAGUUAUUCUAGAAUACGCAUCUCGAGUUUUCAUUGGGAAGCGUGACGAGUGACGAAGAGAAAAAAAUAGGGAACAGUUCUUUUACCUUCCUGAAAAAGCGUUUGCUCUGUCUUUCCGUAUAAUUCGAUGCCUUCCCUUACGUAAAAAAACGAGAGAGCAAAGAGAAAUAAGAAAUUAUGACGCGUAAAAGCACAAUUAAUCGCACUUUAAAAUUAAUGCUCACUCUAUGCGGCGUAUGGCCAGGCACAUCGUACGUUAUAAUCUGCAGGGCGUAUUGGAUUAUCGCGUUAGCAACAGAUGAAAUUUGCCAUUACCGUUAUCUUUUAAUGCAUUUCCACUCUCGUGAUCUCUUCGAUUUGAUGGACUGUUUCAGUAGUUUUCUAACGCAAGUAAAAUUUUCAAUUAAAUUAAUCAUAUUUUGGCUGAACGAACGAAAAUUCCUCGAGAUCUUGACGAUGAUGACGGAAGACUGGAACGAUUGCAACAGCAGUGACGUUAACAUGCGUGAAACGACGUGCAAAGCUAAAUUAGCUGCACGUAUCACUAACGCGAUGUUCACUCUUCAUACGUUAACCAUCGUUGCGUAUAGUAUUGGCAUUCUCUUCGCCGACGUCGACGUCACCGAUCAGUCUGAACUACCUCUUCUCUUAAAGGUGGAGCUUCCUGUUGACAUAAACACAAAACGCAUGUACAAAAUGUUGCUGUCCAUGCAAUUUGUGCAUCUCAUCAUGUCCGGCUGUGGAACGGGUCUACUGAAUGCUUUGCUCUUAACUUUGACUUUACACGUAGGUGGUCAAAUGGAUAUCCUGCGCUGCUGGUUAAACGAACUCGUACCGCGAGAGAAUGAAAGGAGAUCCGAAUCUGUUGUCGUUACGACGAAUAAAAUUAUUCGCAAGCAUCAAAAAAUCAUUAGCUUUUCGGAAUACAUUGAGGAUUUAUAUACAUACAUCGCGUUAGUGCAAUUCACAUCGAACACCGUGCUGAUUUGCUCCUUGGGAUUCCUUAUCGUAACGGCAAUUGGCAGUCCCGACGCGACCGAGCACAUAAUGCGGUCUCUUUUGUUUUAUACCGUAACGAAUCUCGAAGCGUUUAUAUUUUGUUACGCAGGGGAAUAUCUGAAAAACAAAAGCAAAGCUAUUGGAAAUGCGGCGUACAAUUCCGCCUGGUACGAAAUGAAACCUGAAAACAGUCGUAAUUUAAUAUUCGUGAUAUUAAGGGCGCAGAAGCAACUGACACUUACAGUUGGAAAAAUAAUGGAUCUCUCCUUAGAAUCUUUUACAAGUAUUAUGAAAGCUUCAGGAUCAUAUUUAUCAGUAUUGCUGGCUAUGCAAUAAGCACAUCGUAUAUUAGAAGAUUUUUGUACAAUAAUCGUGAAGUAUAUAGCUUUAGUAGUGAUAGAAAUAUGCCUGUAUAAUAUAUAUUUAUGACUUAAAAUAGUAGUAGUUUAGAAAUUCUAAAAUGUAGUCACUUAUAGAAGAAUAUAAAAUGGCAAGUCAUUCUUUAUAUCAGAAUA